ACUUAUUCCGCUAGUCAAUUUCAUGACACCACCGACGUAGCUGAUUACUUCUUGGAAAAUGACAUGAAGCCCGGCAUGACCAUGAACUUGCACUUACCAAAAAGCAAGAAUGCAGCUACUUUCCAACCUCGUCAGGUUGUUGAAUCAAUACCCUUCUCCUCCAAUAAGAUGCAACAAAUCUUGAAUUACUUUUCGAUGAAACCCUACUCGACUGAGGCCGAUAUAAUGAAGAAAAUAAUCGAACUCUGCGAGAAGCCUGGAAUUAAAGGAGAGGAGAAGUACUGCGCGACUUCGUUGGAGUCAAUGAUAGAUUUCAGCACAUCCAAGCUCGGAAAUUAUAAUAAUGUGCAAGCAAUCGCGAAAAUGGUGGAAAAAGAAACUGUUCAAGUCAAGAAGUACUAUAGCAUUGCAGGAGCAAAGAUGGUGGGUGAGGAUGCAGUGGUGUGUCAUAAGCAAAACUAUGAAUAUGCUGUGUUUUACUGCCACAAAACACGUUCUACCAAAGAAUACAUGGUUUCUUUGGUGGGUGCAGAUGGUACAAAAGCUAAAGCAGUAGCAAUAUGCCACAUUGAUACGGCGGAAUGGGAUCCCAAGAAUUUGGCAUUCCAAGUGCUCAAGCUUAAACCGGGGAAUACUGUUCCUAUCUGCCAUUUCCUUAAGGAGGAUGCUAUCGUUUGGAUUGCUAACCAGAAUUCGAUCUUGGUUGCAUCCCACUAG